UAACCUUCUCUGAGUAUGCCUUCGAAAAAUUCUUGUAUCCGUGGGAUGAACAUGGUGACAUGGGACGGAAAGAAAGGAACUGAAAGACAGUUUAUUUGCAGAUAUAUAAAUAUGCAUUCCUCAUGACAGCAAUAAUGCCAUCCACAGACGAUUCUAUUCUUCAAAUAGCUGCUGAGCGUGGUGCUAAUGGUGGGCCUAGGUAUAAUCAACCGUAUCGUUCUCAUCUAUCGUACAUAUUAUUUAAUGACGUUAACAAGUACAGGGUCAAUAUGAAUGAUCCCAUUCCGGAGAUCUUUGAAACUGUGUUGGAAGAGCACAGAAUGACUCAUGUGGAUUGCACACGUUUUGCUGAUGAUGUCGAGUUCUAUGCCCCUGGAUAUCUUGCUAUGGAGGUUGAAGGACGGGCUGUAGAGUAUGACCUGGAGUUUUUAUUGUGACGUCUUGUGGAUUGAAGACCGAAAGUCAUGGUUUAUGGAUACUAUCCUGUUGAGUAACUAGGAUAAUAUAUUAUGCCUGUCGGUGCCAUAUACAAUAGAGGCAUGCUCAAUC